CUCUUGUGUAAUGGCUUCAGGUUGCUCUUAGAGGGGUGGACUGUGCUUGGAUGUUCUUGCUUGGAUGUGUGUCCGACCUGUAUGUCUUGUCCAGGGACAUACUGUAUACUGGCAGUUUCAGUUACCGUCCAUCAGGCUCAGGUUCUGUCACACACCGUCACAUUCAAAAGGAAGAAACCUGCACCAAACUUCCUGAAACUUUCCCGCAGCUUCCUGCAUUUUCAGACUCAACAGUGAAAGAUAAACAAGCAUGACAACUCUCAUUCGCCGGCUUGCCAGGCCGGGGUCUUCACCGUGGAGGUGGCUGGGGGUAAAUCUGCAGGACACGCACCGACAAACACUGCAUUUGACCCCCCGGGACGAAGCGCGACUGUUGGCCGGUGGCGGUCGCUCUCUGGCGGGAUGCAGCUACUCACAGAGCCGAAAACAGCACACAGAGGCUGCUGCUGCUGUAGAGGUGGAUCUGAAACGGUUAGAUGGGGAAGAUGAUGGUAUAGCGGAGGUGCUGAUGUGCAGACACACAGCAAGAAACGCUCUGGGUCAUGUAUUUGUGUCACAGAUGAACGACCUGGUGUCUGCUCUGUCCAAUGACUCAGCAGUGCGUGUGGUUAUCUUCAGGAGUUUAGUGCCAGGGGUUUUCUGUGCAGGUGCUGACCUGAAAGAGAGAGCUCUGAUGAACAACUCUGAGUCUGAUUUGUUUGUUCACAGCCUGCGAUCCCUCAUGACUCAGAUAGCAUCGUUGCCAAUGCCGACCAUCGCUGCGGUGGACGGUGCAGCUCUGGGAGGAGGGCUGGAGCUGGCCUUGGCCUGUGACCUUCGCUCUGCUGCGUAUUCUGCACAGAUGGGUCUGAUUGAGACAACACGGGGGCUGCUCCCAGGGGCGGGGGGAAGUCAGCGGCUGCCAAGGAUGGUCGGCAUGACUCUGGCCAAAGAGCUCAUCUUCACAGGUCGGCGUGUGGGAGGGCAGGCAGCUCUGGAGAUGGGGCUCGUAAAUAGAGGUGUGGAACAGAACCAGACAGGCGACGCUGCCUACAGAGAGGCACUCAGCCUGGCCAGAGAGAUACUGCCUCAGGCUCCUAUCGCUGUGCGGAUGGCAAAAGAAGCAAUGAAUAAAGGCGUUGAGGUCGACAUCAGUUCAGCAAUGGCAAUAGAGAGGAUGUGUUAUGCUCGGGUCAUCCCCACACGCGACAGACAAGAGGGUAUGGCUGCCUUUAUAGAGAAGAGACCUCCGCGAUACACUGGAGAAUAAAUACCUCUGAGUCAUUGAAUGUCUAUGUCACGCAGAGGCACAGCACUCUGUCUAACCUCACGCCUGACAAUUAACUCCCAUUGAUUGUCUGUGUGUAUCCCAGCCAGUGUCAAUACAUUAGUUAAGGUCAGCGUGAGCACCCAGCAGUGAUUGUUUGUAUUUGUGAUGUUCAGAAUUAGACAGACAGGAGCUGAUUUUCAUUUGACCCAACACAACAAUAUAAUAUGAUAAUUAA